CACAGAGCGCAAGCAGUAAUUUAGCCUUCUAAAUAGCGAUGACAGUCCGCGCAUAGCAUACGGACACGGGCAGUGUAGCUCUACACGACACUUUGUUGCAACUUCAUAUGUUUGCAGGGAAUGGAACAAUAAUAAGUAGCUCGUCCGAUCACCUCUGAUUUUCAGUCAAACAAAGUGCGUGUGGUGGUGGGAUUUCUCGUUUCCCACCGUGCAUCAUUUAGUCCACUCCACUGCUGUUUCGAGACUCUUGGCUGCUAUGUGACUGAACUGAACGGAAGUGCUCACUCGCAUUGUUUGUAUCAGCCUUCCCCGUUGGACGCACUGAAAAGCCAGGUCAUGGCGAGCGAGAACACCCCGCUCCUCAGCCAUGGGCUGUUCAGUGUGGCUGCGGAUGGAGAGAAGACGCCACACCGCCUGUCACGAGGCACACUCGAAGAUGUCCAGUCGAACGCGCCCCAGGGCCCCAAGCGCAGGCUUAAUACUUUCUUUGGGGUUAUUGUGCCCACUGUCCUUUCCAUGUUCAGUAUUGUGCUCUUUCAAAGAGUUGGGUUUGUGGUGGGCCAUGCCGGUCUCCUGCAGGGUCUCUCCAUGCUAGGCGUGGCCUACUUCAUCAUCUCCCUCACCAUCCUGUCCAUCUGUGCCAUCUCCACCAAUGGAGCGGUCCAGGGAGGAGGCGCCUACUUCAUGAUUAGCAGGUCUCUGGGUCCUGAGUUCGGAGGCAGCAUUGGCCUGAUGUUUUUCCUGGCGAAGGUGUGUGCCUGCGGGGUGUAUGUGCUAGGUCUGGUGGAGGCUUUACUGGCUGUGUUUGGCAGCGAUCCAGCGUCGGGCCAGGUGGGCGGGCUUCACGUGCUCCCCCAGGGCUACUGGUUCACUGUGCUCUAUGCUUCCGUGGUGCUGCUGAUCUGCCUGCUGGUGUGCCUGGUCGGGGCGCACAUCUACUCUCGCGCCGCCUUCCUUAUCUUGCUGGUGAUCACGGGGGCGCUGGUGACCGUCCUCGUCAGUACGCUGAUCGUGGGGCCCCGCGCCUUCACCAUCAGCCACCCCAGCAGCCAGAACCGCAGCGAGACCCAGAGCUACAACGCCAGCUACACGGGCUUCAGUGGCACCACCAUGCAGAACAACCUGGGCCCGGGCUACUCUGUUGACUACAGCACCAACCAGAUGAUGUCGUUUGCCACCGUGUUUGCCGUCAUGUUCACCAGCUGCACAGGGAUCAUGGCCGGUGCCAACAUGUCAGGGGAGUUGAAGAAUCCAAGUGUGUCGAUUCCCAAGGGAACUAUCCUGGCUGUGCUGUACACCUUCACUGUCUAUCUAGUCCUCUUCCUACUCAUGAGCAGCACUUGUGAAAGGGGCUUGUUAAUAGGAGACUAUGGUGUGCUCCAGCGCAUCAAUGUCUGGCCUCCGUUCGUGCUGAUUGGCAUGUACUGUGCCUCCCUCUCCGCUGCCAUGUGUGCCAUGAUUGGCGCAUCACGCAUCCUGCAUGCCCUCGCUCUGGACGAGCUCUUCGGUUUGCCUCUGGCCCCAGCUGCUAUCACAUCCAAGUCAGGGAACCCCUGGGUGUCUGUCCUGUACACAUGGGGACUGGUGCAGUGUACAGUGUUUGCUGCUGAGCUUAACGUCAUUGCAAGUCUGGUGACAGUGUUUUACCUGCUAUCUUACGCGGCGGUGGACCUAGCAUGCCUUGCUCUGGAGUGGGCCUCGGCUCCAAACUUCAGGCCCACGUUCCAGUUCUUCUCCUGGCACACGUGUCUGCUGGGCAUCGUGAGUUGCCUGGUGAUGAUGUUCCUGAUUAACCCCGUCUACUCCUCGGCCAGUAUAGUGAUGCUGCUGCUGCUGCUCCUCUUCCUGCACUACCGCUCUCCCACCAGCAGCUGGGGCUAUAUCAGCCAAGCACUCAUAUUCCAUCAGGUGCGUAAGUACCUACUGAUGCUGGAUGUGCGUAAGGACCAUGUGAAGUUCUGGCGUCCGCAGGUGCUGCUGAUGGUGGCCAACCCCCGCUCCUCCAGCCAGCUCAUCACCUUCGUCAACCAGCUGAAGAAGGGAGGACUCUACGUCCUGGGCCACGUGCAGCUGGGAGACCUGGCCCUCCUGCCGUCAGACCCUGUGCAGCCCCAGUUCAACUUCUGGCUGAGCCUGGUGGAUAAGCUGGACGUCAAGGCCUUUGUGGACAUCACCCUCUCCCCGUCAGUCCGCCAAGGAACCCAGCACCUGCUCCGCAUCACUGGCCUGGGUGGCAUGAAGCCUAACACCCUGGUCAUGGGUUUCUAUGACAACUCCUACCCGGACGACUACUUCCAGCAGGACCCUGCCUUCACCAGCGACAGCUCCAAGAACGAGGACGACGAGUUUGGCGUGGACCUGCCCUCCCUGCAGGCCCACUUCGGGCCCGUGCGUGACGACGGCUCCCCGCGCUCCCUGGCGCCCGACGAGUACGUGGGCAUCAUCUCCGACGCCAUCAAGAUGAACAAAAACGUCUGCCUGGGCCGCUACUUCCACCAGCUGGAUCCAGGGGUCUGCACCGAGAAGCGAGGGUUGCGGACGGGCGACGGGGCCGGCUGCACCAUCGACGUGUGGCCCCUCAACCCCCUGCGGCCCGGCUCCAGCGGCUACGCGGACGUCUGCAGCCUCUUCCUACUCCAGAUGGCCUGCAUCCUCAACAUGGCUGGUGGCUGGCGGCGGGCGCGCAUCCGCAUCUUCCUGUGCGCCGAGGCCCAGUCGGAGGACCAGAGCUGGAGGGAGAAGGAGGACCGCUUCCGCGAGCUGCUGAAGAAGCUUCGUAUCCGGGCAGAGAUCAAGGUAGUGGCCUGGGACGUGGUGGUCAGGCUUCUGGGGACUGACAGUGACACCACUACCACCACCGGCCACUUGGGGGAGCUCAACGGCCUCACCAGACCCCCGCAGCCCAUCACCCAGGAGUUCCUGUCAGCGGUCAACGGGCUGCUGAAGGAGAACAGCGCGGAGGCGACGGUGCGGUUCUUGUACCUCCCGCGGCCGCCCGCCGCGUCGGAACAGUACCAGCAGUACCUGGCUCAGUUGGACACGCUCUCGCGGGACCUGGGGCCUACACUCCUCAUCCACGGCCUUACGCCUGUUACAUGCACUGAGCUAUGAGACGUUAGUAUAGCACACACUUUACUGUACGUGUUGGUAUGUCAUUUGAGAAUAGAGUAUAAUUGACAAUG